ACGAAACGGCGAGCUGGUGACGACGAUGAGCACCAUCUUGAGCCACUGCUAGUAGUACCACAUCGUAUACACCGCACGCGUUUAAUUUUCGCCGCAAGCGCCGAAAUAGCCGGAGGCGCAGUGGUGUUAAAACCGGGAAAAACUUUUCAAAGUUUCGCGCAGUGCACAUCCGUCAAUUAUGACUUAGACCACAACACGCGUGCGCCCGCUGCUUAGGUUUUAUUUAUUUUUUGUUGAUUAUUUUAAUUUUUAAACUUUGGUCAAACAAUUCGUACGUGUGUUUUAUCUAGUCCGGAAUUUUAUUUAUUUUAUACCUAAAGAUGUUGCCAAGGACUGCUCACCUAUUAGCAAUUUUAAGUUUCUUGGUGGAGAUGCGCGUUUCGUCGCCUGUUUAUAAUAUGCAACCGGCUUAUAUAACAGCAACAAUAGGUAGCACUGGUAGGAACAUAAGAAAUCUGCCAUGCAUAUCCCGGAAGAGUAAUCAAAGCGGUGUCUGUAUGUUUGCCAUCGACUGUCUUAAAGCAAAUGGUACCCAUUUGGGCACAUGCAUCGAUCGCUUCUACUUUGGUUCCUGUUGUCACAUAGAACCGCUACAAGAUAUUACUGAGAAUACUAUUGAUGCUGCACUUAUUCCAUCAAGAGAACCACCACAUCGAAUCACAACAAAUGCACCUACUACUAGUAUUGUCGGCAGCACCACAAAUGCUACACAGAUGAAACUUGAUCAAGGAGCACUCACGACUACAACAACAACUACUACUACUAUUAAAGCGGCAGUACAGACAACAGUUGUGGGAGAUGAUUUAGAAUCUUAUAAAAUCACAACUUUUCAGUCUGUAGAUGAUGUCCCUGUUACUACUACGAUACGACCUAAACCAGCAAAAACGAAGCCGACCGCUACCAUCAAACCUACAAGUGCUGUGCCUGUGCAAACGACAAAACCCACAACCAAAGUUACUAAACCACGACCUCAAACUACACCCAAACCAAGUCCCACUUACAUCAAUCGAAAUACUACGACACAAUUGAAUGCAACACGGCCACAGACAACUACACCUCGUCUAAGACCCAAACCAACUAAACCAGUUAAAAUAACUAAACCCAUCUACAACGCCACUUCUACAGUGCAAUCUAGUUCUGGCUCUAGCCCCACUCCGUCACCCAAUACUCAACGUACCACUGUACGAUCUUCAACAACAACGAGAUCUACAAAAUUGACAAAAAAACCUUCACUGGUGACUAAAGGUACCAGCGCAACACGAAAACCAUCCAUUACUUCAACCACCAGACUUCCGGUCAGUGUAACUACUACAAAACCCUCGACUGCAACGAUUAAAACAACUACAAAACUGACGACCAUUGCUUCAACUACAACAGCUACCAGCACGCUAUCCAAUGAGGUACUUGUCGCAGUAAACGCUACAAUUAACGACGCGCAAAAACCACCUGAUGUUAAUGGUAAUCCAGCAACUAAUGAAAUUGAAUCACCACAUACCCCACAACCAAAACCACCAGUUAUUUCUGAGAGUAGUACUACGCCAGGGCCUAGUUUGGUAACCUGGAGUGAAAUUCAGAAAAACAACACUUUCAAUGCUACCUACACUGAAUCUACUACUGCGAGUUCCACUACAAUAAGCAGUGGACCAUCGGUUUCUACAAAUGUAGAAGAUGUAACGAAUCCUGAUGAUUGGGUACCUGUCACAGAUGGUUGGGUGCUACUACCUAGCUUGACCACCACACAGGAUACUGAUGUCACUACACUGCUUAGCAAUACUGAAAAAUCUGACGAAACCAGCUCUGAAGCUAACGUAAACAGUGCGUCCAGUAGUAGUACGGAAGCGAAUCAACCGAUACCAUCAAGUACGCUGGUCAGCAGUACACAGCUACUAACGAGUUCCACAGAGAGUUCAACAAGUUACGUAUCUUCCUCGUCCGCAUCUACAGAGUACACCUCUUCAUCCACCGAAGAUAUAUCGAUCUCAUCUAGUACGGAAGAUGUGAGUGCCGCUGCUAUUGCUAUUGGUGGUACAUCGACACCGGUGGCGACUUCCGGUCUCAACAUGAGCGACUUCACAGAUGUCUGUGGACGUCGGAUGGUGCCCGAAGGUCGUAUCGUCGGCGGUGAAAAAUCGGCGUUUGGAAAAUGGCCCUGGCAGAUUUCCUUACGGCAAUGGCGUACCUCCACCUACCUGCACAAAUGUGGCGCUGCCCUUUUGAAUGAGAAUUGGGCAAUCACUGCCGCGCAUUGUGUUGAUAAUGUACCCCCAAGUGAUUUACUCCUGCGUCUGGGCGAACAUGACCUCUCAACGGAAGCUGAGCCGUACCUGCAUCAGGAGCGACGCGUGCAAAUCGUCGCCUCGCAUCCCCAAUUCGACCCGCGCACGUUUGAGUACGACCUUGCUCUGCUGCGCUUCUACGAACCGGUAACGUUCCAGCCAAACAUAAUACCGGUAUGCGUGCCACAAACCGACGAAAACUUUGUCGGCCGCAACGCUCACGUUACCGGCUGGGGGCGGCUUUACGAAGACGGUCCACUGCCAAGCGUACUACAAGAAGUGUCCGUGCCGGUGAUAAACAACACCGUGUGCGAAUCAAUGUAUCGAUCCGCCGGUUACAUCGAGCACAUUCCAAACAUAUUCAUCUGCGCCGGCUGGCGUCGCGGCGGCUUCGACUCGUGCGAAGGCGAUUCGGGCGGCCCGAUGGUCAUCCAACGCCCAGACAAACGUUUCAUACUUGCCGGCGUUAUAUCGUGGGGCAUCGGCUGUGCCGAGCCGAACCAGCCGGGCGUUUACACGCGGAUUAGCGAAUUUAGAGAUUGGAUCAAUCAGAUUCUACAAUUCUAACACGCGAUACGUACUGUACUGAUACUUAGAUAAAAACUACUUGCGCGGCGGCGGCGCACGCACACGCACACUGGUCGCGCACAUGUGAUUCUCGAAUUUCUUGAUGUGUGUAUGUAUAUUGUAAUUUGUAAUUAUUAUUUAUUGAUAUUUCAUUUAGAGGAUUUGUAGCCGAACGAAAAUGAAAAUUUGCUUAUAAAACUUUAGCUAUUAACGUUACUAUUAUUGUUCGCGGAUAAUAUUCAUAUGUCAAAACGGUUUAAUAUUAAAUAUUAUCCUCGAACGAUAUUAAUAUGGAAUUGUUAUGUGGUUGUAAUAGUUGAUAACAAUGAAAAUGAAUUUGUACAUAAUUUGGUGUGUGUUUAUACCAAUAUUUAAUACUAUACUUUUGUACGAUUUGUCAUUAGAGUGUUAUAUCGAUAGAGAAUAAAGAAAAGUAUUAUCAA